AUGAUGGUCGGCGCGCUUGUCGCCAAGGUAGGAGCAGGUGUUAAUGCGUCAAAAGCCCCUCGUAAAGCCUCGACAUCGAAUGCGCAAGUCCAACAAAAGCCGCGUCCCAGUGAGGCGAUCUUUAACACGCAGUUUACCACCGCUGGCAAGCGAUUUCUGACCAAAGUCAAGAAAAAUCGCGCCAUGCAGGUCGACCGGCGCACGCGAGGUUUCCAGCACGGACUCGACCAACGGACUGUGGUUAUAGACCCCUUCACUGGAAGUCAUUAUCGGAUAAUGCUGGUGGAUCCAGAUAUGUUACGACGAGAAAACCUGGCUGACGAGCUCGAACAGCGCUUCGAAAUCUUCGUAGCGCCCAGCAACGAACGGGCCUUCGCACUGCUAGGGCUUUUCCAGGUGAAUUUUAUCCUGCUACGUCUAGAUAUCGGCAAUGAUCAAACUGCAUCUACUAGUCCAGCACUCGCGUUUUUACGAGAAAUGAAGCGUAGUUGUUUCCGAACACCCGUUGCAGCGCUGGUAGACUCCUCUUUCAAUACCGAUCAUGAGGCACAGAAGUUGCUGGCACGUGCACUUCAGCAAGGAGGAAUCUGUGGCUACUUUGAACAAGGACUUGCACCCGACAUCAUGACACAACGCAUCGCCAAACUUUUGCGUUCACUUACGGUUGCACAAAAUGAACUCACUCGAUGCCGCGGAACAGCGACCCAGUCGACACAGGAUGAGAAAUCUCCAAGUCGGAAGCCGCAAGCUGACAACCAAGCCGCUAAUAAGACACGAGCGACCCCACCAGGCUCAGCUACUGGAUCCAAGCGACUGCCAACAACCGAAGUGCCAAACACUCGACCAAGCUCAGUCAAGUUCGAUCGACCAGGAAUGCUAUUGGAGCUUAGCCUGAACCAACGCAAGCAGUGUCUUCGUCAACGCGAGACGCUCCAAGCAAAUCUCGCGUCUGCUCCACACUCUGUCCUUGGUGUUGAUAUCGACGUUAGCUCCACAUCUCCAGGUAGACCAGAUACACCAUUAACCACGUGCAUUUCACCGUCCUUCGGCUCUACUGGACGAACAACACAAGUAAAGAAGAAAAUCCCUCCUUUGCCUUCUCCAAAGCAGGUGAGCCAACUGAUCUACACACGCCCUCAAGAACUACAGACAAGAAUCGAUCGACAUCUUUAUGAACGAGUGCAUAUCUCCGGACCACCUGGACCUGUGCCUCAAGACCCUCUACUGAACCACUGCGUCGUUAUCGAUCCACGUGCACAAGGUCGAGAUCUCAUCGUGGGGAAAGCGUACAUGCUGUACUGUGAACAGCGUCUAGAUGAAGCGCUUUUGCAUUGCGACCGUGCGCUACGGACCCCGAAUUCAACGCUUGAGAAGCUGGCAAGACUGCUUCGAGGAGCUCUUUACGACGCUCGAGGGGAACAUGUUCGAGCUGAAACAGAGUUCCUCGCGUGCUUGCAGCUUGAUCCGUCAAUGCACGAAGCUCACUUCAAUCUCAGUGUUGCCAGACUCAAACUUGGCAAAGAUGCUCUUGCACUAGAAGCACUUACGCAGGCCUUGACGCUUGAUCCACAGAAUGACAAGUAUUUGCAGAACCGCGGACUAAUGUAUCGGCGCAUGGGACAGUUUGUUGAAGCACAAGAUGAAUAUUGCAAGCGUGAAGUCGCUUCGGGGACUCACACGGCUAGCACUGGAAGUACCCUUACUAAGCGAGGUACCAAUUCAUCCUCGGUUCCUCGGAGUGUAUUGCCAACCAGAGGACUCAGCAAAUGUGACUUGGAAGACGGACUAUUCGCGCAUCUCUUUGGCAAGCCCACACCUGAUAAAUUAGCAUUGGCAUGUCCAUCAACAGAACGUUCACUCGAGAUGCUCAGUGCCAUUGUAGCGAGACUACAAACGUUAUUAUUUUUCCAAGAUUUUUCACAUGAAAUGCUCUUUCAAGUAGCACAAGCACUGGACUACGAUGUAGUAGCAUGUGGGAAAAGCUUUGUACUUGGAGAGGCUCAUUCGCAGAAUUUCUACGUGCUGCUAGGAGGAAGACUCAGUAUCCGUAGACGUGUCGGAACUACUGAUUUCGGCUCAACAGUGACAACUCACCACCUUGGGACUGGCUCAGUUUUCGGGUGUGCAGGCUUCACGAUAUCCGCCCAGGCAUCUCUUAUCGCGGACGAGUGUGCUGAAAUCGGAAUUCUAUGGCCAGGUGACUACGCAGCGACGAUCCGUGCAGUGACGUCGCAAAUGAACCAAGACAUCUUCGCCUUCUUACAACAACUACGUGGUUUCCGUCUGCUCACUACAAGUGAACUCGGUCACGUUGUAGGGAUAUCAGAGAGGAAACGAUUCCGCAAAGGUGAUGUUCUGCUCGAACAGAAUGAGCAGCCAAGACACCUCAUAGUCUUGUGGAAGGGAAGCUGCUCCGUUUUCCAGGACUUUGAUAAUGCACCACUAAGUCGUCGGAAAUUGAGACGCAGUGCCAAUUUUGACGGAUGGAAUGAGGACGAUGAAGACGAUAGUGAUUCGGACAGUAGUGAUAGUGAAGGUCCUGGAGGAAGUCGGCGCGAUCAAGAUGAAGACGAUAAAGGUCCUCCGCCAUUCCACCGCCUUAUCGCGAAACCUGACUGGCCACUGGGUUUCCAAGCUCGUACACGGGCUCGCAAAUACCGUCGUGGACGUCGCGAUGGCUUGAUGCUCUCUCAAACGCCUCCAGUCGUGAGAUCUCUAAGCACAGCCCCACCACUAACCAUGUCGCUGCCCAUGCGUCGUCUGAAAGACAAGCUUUCAUCCAACGAUAAGAACGCUCUGGUCCAGAAAUGUGUAGCCCCUGCUGUGUUUGGCGAGUCGAGAUUCCUCGAUCCUACACACUCGUCAUCCAAAUGCAGCGUGGUGGCAGAGUCACUGGUAGAAGUGUUGCUCUUCGACCACAUGCGGCUGCAAGAGAUGGAUCUACAGUCUGAAGUGAUCAGCGAGCUGUUCGAUGCUGCCCCCAAGUAUCGGAGCGAGAAGGAGGUCGCUCAGAAGCAGGCAGAUGUGGCUACAUGGGAUGAAUACCGGAACUUGCGCAUAUUGGAGUUGUCCAAGAACCGGUGGCCUGACGCCAAGGCAAGUACUUAA